AUGAGUACUGUUGCUUCAAAAGCUGAACUCUUUGAACUCAACAAUGGAACCAUUCGUGUUAUUGUCACCAACUACGGUGCCACCAUCACUUCGCUUUUUGUCCCUGACAAAAAUGGGAAAGUUGCUGAUGUUGUCCUUGGUUUUGACUCGAUUGAAUCAUAUGUGAAAGGGAAUGAGGCUUUUUUUGGUUGCAUUGUGGGUCGAGUGGCAAACAGGAUUAAAGAGGGGAAAUUCAAUCUCAAUGGGGUGGAUUACUCUUUGGCUGUGAACAAUGGGCCAAACAGUCUUCAUGGUGGGAAUAAGGGCUUUGACAAAGUGGUUUGGGACGUUGUGGAGCGGAAAGAUGGUGAAAAACCAUCAAUUACCUUCAAGUAUGAAAGUCAUGAUGGGGAGGAAGGGUACCCAGGGGAUGUUAUUGUGACUGCUACUUAUACACUUACUUCAAGCAAAACCAUGAGGCUGGAUAUGGAAGCGGUGCCUAAAAAUAAGAUCACUCCAAUUAACCUAGCACAACAUACCUACUGGAAUCUAGCAGGUCACAACUCUGGGAAUGUGCUUGAGCAUUUGGUUCAGAUAUCAGGAUCUCAAAUUACCCCUGUGGACGAGAACUCAAUCCCAACAGGGGAACUCUUGCCAGUUAAAGGCACUGCUUUUGACUUCACUUCAGAGAAGAAAGUUGGAAGCUCGAUUAAGGAAGUCCCUGGCCUAGGGUAUGACCAUAACUACGUCCUUGACUCUGAGGAAAAGAAGGAAGGAUUGAAACAUGUAGCCAAAGUAAAGGACCCUUCAAGCUCAAGGAUGUUGAACUUGUGGGCAGAUGCUCCUGGUGUGCAGUUCUACACUGCUAACUAUGUGAAUGGUAUUGCUGGAAAAGGUGGGGCUGUUUAUGAAAAGCAUUCAGGAUUGUGCUUGAAGACCCAAGGAUUUCCAAAUGCCAUUAACCAACCAAACUUCCCUUCUGUUGUUGUUCUACCGGCAGACAAGUACAAGCACUCAAUGUUAUUUGAGUUUUCGGCAGAGUAA